AUGGCUGGGAAACAAUCGAAAACUGCUAAAAGGGCCAAGUCCCAAAAUAUGAAAAGGGAUAUCACUCCUGAUGUACUCCAAGACAGCCAUGCUCGAAAUCAGAUGGCCAACAUUCCACAUAAAGUAGAAAAAUCUUUAACUCGCAAACCAUCCAAACAACAAGUAAAGAAAGAGCAAGCCAUUACACGUUUAUACGGCAGUAAAAACAAAAAACAGAGAGUGUAUUCUGAAAAAGAAUUAAAUAUCCCUUCAUUAAAUAAGGCUAUUGUUCCAGGGGUUAAAAUUAGAAGUGGAAAAAAGGGCAAGAAAUUUGUCCAAGAUCAUGAUUUAAUAACUUUGAAUAGACUUAUCCAAACAAUUGGUGACAAGAAUGAUGAAGUAACUGAAUCGAAGUUAGAGAGAAUUAAAAGGUUGGAACAAAUUCGUGAAUUAAGAAAACAGGAAAUUAAAAGAAGAGAACAAGCAAAAAGGGAACAAUUAGAUAACAAAAAAGAUGAAAUCAAGCAUAAGGCAUCUGUGGCAAGAUCCAUGCGUAGAAAAAAUAAAAGAGACGAACAUAGAAUGACCUCUAUGCCACCAGUCUCUAAAAAUAUUAAUAAGAAGGUUUCUUUCGCUUAA